AUGAAAAAAUUCUUCACAAUCUCGACCUAUGACAAGCCAAGUAUCUCGCGUGUGGUUACCCACUUUCAUUACACGGCAUGGCCCGACAAAGAUGUGCCCGCUAGCACUUCGAGCCUCUUGCACUUCUGGCGUAGGAUCAGGGCCCACGAUCCCGACAAAAAGCAACCAUGGGUCGUUCAUUGCAGCGCCGGUGUUGGUCGGACGGGCACAUUCAUCGCCAUGGACAUACUGAUAGACGAGGGUCAGGCCAGACAAACUGUCGAUAUCUACGCCUGUGUGACCAAGUUGAGACAGCAACGAGUUAACAUGGUUCAAACAGCGGGCCAAUAUAAAUACUUACACAGACUGAUAGUGGAAUACCUGACUCUUCGCAGUCAGUUCGUGUCCAACGAUGAGUUUGCCAAUUACCAAAACAUCCUUCUCCAAGUCGACCAAAAGCUAAACAAAACUGGACUGUUUUUACUAUAUGAGACAGAGGCAUCCUACCACACACUGGAGCUUGCUGGGGCAAACAUCAAAGGUGACGAGGGGGAUCCUUAUUCCGUUGCUACCAUGCCUGAAAACGCGAAGAAAAACAGAUUCGAUACUAUACUACCGAAUAACCGAUAUCGAGCGAUGUUGACUGUUCCUGUGGACGAAAGAAAUGACUACAUCAACGCUGUAUAUAUGCCGAGCUACAAGGUGGACAACAAGUACAUCCUUACUCAGAAGCCCCUGUCUGACACUGUGGUGGACUGCUGGAGACUCAUAGAGAGCAGGGACAUCAGUCUGGUGGUGACAUUCCCCGAUGAGGGAAAUGAACAGGACGGUCGAAUGUUUCCUACUACGGGGUCACUCACUGUGGACCCUUUUAACAUCAUGUUCAUCACGGAACAUCACGAAGAGGACUAUUUUGUUUCGAGAGUCUUCAAAGUUCAAUACAUGAAAAAGUUUAACAUUUGGGGGUUUAAACUAUAUUUAUUCAACACUGUUCAGGGGUUUCACUGUCCCAAAACAAGUUGUUGCCACUUUAUCGUGGUGUGA